AUGCGCUCUGUUAAGAGUCUUUAUGUUCUAGGCGCCGCCUAUGUGAGCGGUGUACUUGGCUCGAACUCAACUCCGAUCUAUGCUCUGAGUACUGAUUCUCACUUUGCUUUCGUUCUGGAAGAAUACCUGGCUUUGAGCAAUGCUGGAGGAGCAGGCACCGGUGAAGUUUUACGCGCCGCCAGCCAGAUUAUUCCUGGUGAUUUUGAAAGCUGGCACUCGGAAUUCAAGUUCCUCGCCGAUGCUUUACAUACAAAGGCUACCUCAAUCGACUCGAAGCGGUUCCCAGUCUCUGCUAGGGAAGCCUACUUCCGUGCUUCUAGCUAUUAUCGGGCGGCCGACUUUUACCUUCACGGGAAUCAAAGCGACCCCCGAAUCAACAGCCUCUGGAAUUCAGCAUUGGCUGAUUUCGAUGCCGCCACUAGUCUUCUUCCAAUCCCACCCAUCAGGAAGAAUUUGACUGCCAAUGGCUUUACUAUUCCAAUCAUCUAUUUCCCUGCCCAGCCACAACCCAGUACCAAUAGCCAUCACGGAAGACAACCUUCAGUGAAGACCCCAACAGUUAUUGUUGGCACAGGAUACGAUGGUAAUCAAGAAGCCUUGUACCAUACUAUUGGGCGUUCUAUCCUUGAAAGAGGCUGGAACUACGUGAGUUACGAGGGUCCCGGGCAGCCAACUGUGCGUCGCCAGCAGAACGCUGGAUUCAUCGAUAAUUGGUGGGAUGUCGUUUCUCCCAUUGUCGACUACCUAGAGACUCGCGACGACGUUGACACGAAGAAGAUCGCCCUCGCCGGUCUCUCGUUCGGCGGUAUCCUUGCUCCGAGAGCAGCCUCGCGGGAACAUCGCCUUUCAGCCGUGCUUGCCAUUGAUGGGUUGAUGAACCUGCAGAAGACAAUCAACCUCGGUGACCAGCUCACCGCGAUCUUCAAGAGUGGAAACAAGACCGUCUUUGACAAGGUGAUGACCUCUGUCAUGAACAACUCCAGCAUGCCCACCAAUCUCCGAUGGGGCAUUGCUCAGGGAACAUGGGCGUUCAACACUACCAGCCCGUUUGAGUGGUUCACUGGAUUGGGCAAAGUCACCGCUGAGGCAGAUACUCUAGCAAACGUCACUAGCCCAGUUCUAGUCGCCGAGGGUGAACACGACACCAUCGCGCCCGGUCAGGCUGUGAGCAUGUACGAGACUCUGGGAGACCUCGCAACGUACAAUUUGUUUCGAACUGAAUUAGGUGCUGGUGAGCACUGCCAGCUUGGGGCUGAGGCUCAGCUCGCUCAAGUUGGUCUCGAUUGGCUGUUGGAUAUUUGGGACAAGGUCCAAAUUCCUAAGAAUACGACUGGCGGAACAUACUAG